AUGUCCCAGAGGCAGCGCUUGCGCCGGCAUGCUGGCAAGUACCAUCGCCUCGCCCACAAGUCGACGGUGAUCAGCAAGUAUUCCGCCAAAGCCGACGAUUUCGGCAAGGCGGACCUGCGCAAGCACGCUGCCCAUGUGGCGGCCUGGAUCGCGUAUGGCCCAAAGGGCCGAACUCCAGAGACCGAUGUGCUCAAGCUCCUCAGAAAAUUCAUGGGGCAACUGGGGGGUGGCCCCCUACCUGCUCGCUUGAGGGAGGUCCUGCCAGACGUGCAGGAAGCGCUUCGGUCAGUCCCCCAACCAUCAGCUCGGGUCGAUGAGGGUUGGACGCGGGCAGCACACGAGCUCCGAAGGAGCCUUCAGAAGUUCCGCUGCUGCCGUGGGCCAGUGGAGAAAACGUGCACCGCAAGGGUGAGCAAGGAAGGUGCGCGAGACACAGUUGUGGUGUCCGACAUGUCGGACAUGUCGGACAAUGACCUGGCUGAUGCGCAACACGACCACGCUUUUGAUGCCACUGACGCCAGAGAUGCCGGUGAUGGCAAUGCCAUCAUACAAGUAGAGGCUGACGCUGCGCCGCCUGCGCACGACCAACAUCUGCAGCUGUUCAGCAAGAUAAACGAGUGGGGAUUCUUGGAUGAAGCCCAGCGGCUGGAGCGACUUGAGCAAGUGGAGGCCAUGGCAAAGCGUCCACGAAGGAGCCUGGAUCAAGCGGAGCUUGCUGAAGCCAUUAACGUGGUUGUUGCAGCGCUCUCGCCCCCUCGCAGACAGCGGCUGCAACAAGAGGCUGAAGCAGAAGGAGUUGAUUCUGAAUGCGCAGAGGUGCCUGACUGCCAGAAAAAUAGUCAGCUCGUCGGCCUGCAGCGACGACUGCGGUCGUUGUUGCUUGAAGCGUUGCGAGCAUGGCGAUUGAGGCGCUUCGAUUGCCAGGCCAUUGAGCAUGUCUUGGAGCAUGUCCAAGGCAAGAUCAGCAAGUUUGAAGACAAUGUCGGAGAGAUUCAAGGUGCGGCCGCUGGAGAGGUUUGGGUGAGCAUCAAGCAGACAGUCGAUGAGCUGCUGCAGAGGGCAGAGGCUGGGCCAUCCAUGCCUGAAGCGCAGCGUACCAACUCGGCCGCGCAUCGUUCCAAGAACGCAGGCGCUCUCAAGGGACGGCUGGAGCGCCAGAGCGGCAUCCAAGGAAUCCACUGGAGCAACGCAAAAUCAGCCUGGACAGUCUCCCGCCAGGAAGCUGGCAAGCAGCGGCAAAUUAACUUUUCCAUCGCGGAGUUCCUGAAGCAAGGCCUUGGGGAGGAGGAGGCCGUUGAGGCCACCUUGCAAAAAGCCAAGGCAUAUCGCGAGGAGCUGGUGCGCCAGGGAAAGAUGCAGCCAUCAAAGCCAAGUACGGGCAAGGCGUCCCAGAGCCUGGUGAGGGGAGUCUCCUUUGACGAGAGGAACAAUUCCUGGAGGGUCCGGCUCCUUGAUCCAGCGACAGGGAAGUUUUUAAAUGGCGGCUCUUUCAAGAACCAAGAUGAAUCCGAAGGCAAGGCCCGGGAAAUGGCCCAGACAAUGGGGCUUCCAGCUGAGAGGUCUGUCGUGCCUGUGCAGAAGCUCUCGGAGCUUCCUCGCUUCGCACCUUUGGGAUCACAGAAAGGCAUCAUUUGGAGGGUCGGUGAGCAAUGUUGGUAUGCUGAUGGGAGGUUCCACGGAGUUCGGCGCACCAUGAGAUUUAGGCCCAAAGACGGCUCGGAGGCGGCGGUGAAGAAGGCUUGGACAGAGGCCGUGGCAUGGUACGGGGAGCAAGACGAUGAGAAAAGUCAGUCAGCCGCGAAGUCACCUCAUGUCUUCUCCGGCGACCGGCUUUCGCCCUUCGCGACGCUGACAUCGAUGCCCAUCCUCGACUCGGAGACCUUGCCCCUCAAUCCGCUGGAUGCAAUGCAGCAGGGGAAGUACAACAAGGUGCCCACCAUCCUGAGCUCGGUGACCAACGAGACCUUGGCCUUCGUUCCCACGGAGCUCAUGAGGCUUGGCGACAACUGGCCAUCCUACCACGAGACGCUGCGGAUCGUGUUCCGCGAGCGCGCGGACAAGGUGGCAGCGCACUAUGCUGCUUCACCAGACAGCUCGGCCCUGCCCCCGGCUCGCCGAGCUGCGGUGGUAACCACAGAUGCGCUGAUGACAUGCUACGUCCGCUACGCCGCGCGGGCGCUCGCGGCGCGGAGCGACACGUAUCUGUCUACUUUCAUGCUGCAGCCGCACAGCAGCCAGAUGCACUUGAACUCGCUCUGUGUCGAGGGCCCACCGGCCGGAGCCUCGUGUCACGCGGCCGACAUACUUUACCAGAUCCCAACUUCGCCACGGAUGACCCAGCGCACCCAGCUCUUCUACGCCAGCGAUGCCGAGUCGAAGCUUGCAAGACACUACGCGCGAGCGAUCAUCCGCUUCGCUUCGGGGAGACAGUCGGACUUCGUGCAGUACAACGGCUCCGAGGAUGUAAGCAGGCGAUGGAGCAUCUCUGGCAAUUCCACGCUGCAGAGAUACCACGACGCCCAUUGCAACUUUUGGGAAGACGUGGGCUAUGCUGCGGACGUUUGGAGAGGCGACCUGAGCAGGUCGCCGAUUCCGCAGUUCGUCGUUUGA